AUGUCAUCCUCCUCCAAACUACCAUACGGCGUCCGCGCAAAGAACCAUCCUAACAUUCUCGUGCGUAAACUGUUCGCAAUCGCCGAAGCCAAAAAGACCAAUGUGACCGUCUCAGCAGACGUAACAACCACAAAAGAACUUCUCGAUCUCGCAGACCAACUCGGCCCCUACAUCGCCGUCCUCAAAACCCACAUCGACAUCCUCUCCGACUUUAGCCCCGAAACUACAACCGGACUAAAACACCUUGCGCAAAAACACAACUUCCUCAUCUUCGAAGACCGGAAAUUCAUCGACAUCGGCAACACAGUUCAAAAACAAUACCACGGCGGCGCACUACGAAUCUCGGAAUGGUCACACAUUAUAAACUGUGCCAUCUUACCCGGUGAAGGGAUUGUGCAAGCUCUAACCCAAACCGCGACGGCGGAUGAUUUCCCUUACGGUAAUGAGCGGGGUUUACUCAUUCUUGCUGAAAUGACGUCCAAGGGAUCCCUAGCUAAAGGGGAAUAUACUACGCGUUCAGUGGAUUAUGCGCGACGAUAUAAGAAAUUCGUUAUGGGGUUUGUGUGUAAUCGUGCAUUGACCGAGGAACAAUCGACCGAAACAUCAAAGAGCGAAGAUGAGGAUUUUGUGGUUUUCACUACGGGAGUAAAUCUGGCUUCCGCGGGCGAUGCGUUGGGUCAACAAUAUCAAACGCCGCAGUCGGCGGUGGCUCGAGGCGCGGAUUUUAUCAUUUCGGGUAGAGGGAUAUACGCUGCUCCUGAUCCGGUGGAGGCUGUUAAACGGUAUCAGGAGCAAGGAUGGAACGCCUAUCUUGAGCGAGUGGGUUUGUGA